AUGUUCAUGCAGCAGCACUGCUUGCAGCAUUUGGAGCAGAUGUACGGAUCGACACAAGGGCUUGCACAGGAGACCGAUAGCAUUUGGGUCUGCAAGUUCUUCGUCAUCCUGGCUUUGGGCGAGCUGUAUUCUACGACGCUGACAGCUGCCAAAGAGGCGAGGUCAUCGACCGUUGCCGGGACUGAGUAUUUCCUGACCGCCGUUGGGCUCUUGCAAGAUCUAUUCGAAGAGCCUUCAAUUGAUCAAAUCGAGACACUGCUCCUAUUUUCUUUCUACUCAAACGCGCUCGGCCGCGUUAAGUCGGCACAUAUGUAUAGCGGUAUGGCAUUGCGCUCAAGCACUGUUAUCGGCCUUCAUCGCCCUGCUGCAGAAUCUCCUGCCCUCACUGCCAUAGAGCGUGAGCACCGCCGACGAUUGUGGUGGACUGUUUACAUCUUUGACCGUUCAACAUGCUCCAAACUUGGUCAGCCCGUCACGAUUCAAGACUCGGAUAUCGAUGUGGCUGUGCCUUCUACAGACGGACUAUCUCCUGCAGACCAGAAAUCUUUGGGAAGCUCUGCAGAUCACCUCAUUGCGUUCAUAAAUUUGGCAAAGAUCACAGGGUACAUCAUGAAUGACGUUCAUGUUCCCUCAGCCAAGGUCAGCGGAGAGAAACUUGUGAAGAACGUCCGGUCGAUCUUGGGAAAACUACGAAAUUGGGACAGUCAUGUUCCAGCUCGGCUGCGAUGGGACCCCGUUGGCGGUGUCCCUCGAUCAGUGGCGUCUUUGCAACUGCACUUCAACCAAUGCAUCAUUCUGACAACGAGGCCCAUCCUUCUAUACGUCUUUAAGCUCAAGAACCCUUUCACAGACGAUGGUAUCGACCUCCGUGGCAGCGGCGGCGGAACUAAUACACCGCCGAUCUCAGACACUAUAAGAUCGCUGGCUGAUUCCUGCGUUACCGCUGCCCGGACAUCGAAUGCCAUUAUUGUACAGCUUUUUGUUGAAAACGCCCUGGCCACUUGUGGCUUUUUCGACGCGCAUCAUCUGUUUUCUUCAACAAUUGUGCUGAUAGUAUCAGCCAUCUCUUACCCAAAUGCGAGCGAUUCAGAUGCCGUUCAAACAGCGUUUCAGCUUCUCGUAAUGAUGCGCGAUAACGGAAACGCUAUCGCGGGGGACUACUUUGCCCGUCUACUUCAGAUCCAGGGGAGAGUCAGCCAUCUAUUUGCCCGGGCGACAGCCGAUCAGGGAACUACUCCGCCUCUUAAUAGAAUGAGGGCGGAGCCGGGAGGAGCAAUGGGAGAAGAUGGUGAUAGUGGAGGUGGCCAAGAGAGGUUUCCGAGCCAUCUGAAUCCGCUCGGAAUGCCUUCCGCGGGUUCGGCAACUCUAGAUGAAUACGACUGGAGCAGAUUCAUAAUUCCUUCGAACUUUUACACAAGCUUUGAGGACGCAGGCGGGGGUAAUCUCACUGUUGAUCCUCUAGAUCACCCUCUCUUGCAAACAUUCCUCAAUAAUACCGAUGGCAGUCAGGACGAAAAUAAUCUUGUAGGCGCGGAGCACAUGGAAUUCGUGCUGUAG